CACUCGAGAGUCACGGGAUCAGCCUCCUUCGUGAAAUGAGCUCAACGGCUCUGAAGAUCGGCAAUUUACUGUUUUGCCCAAAUUGUGGCACAUUGCUGAAUCUUCCUGGUGUUGAAGAGCACGUUCUGUGCGAACAAUGUGGCCAUUCCGAGCUGGUGUCCUCAUACGAAAACACUGUGGUUUAUACUCGAUCACAUCCCGACGCAUUUCCUUCAGCAUUGAGGAUGAAAAAGGCGACUUUGAUUAAGAUCCAUGAAGGUGCAGAUUUAGGAACAAAAUGUAACGAGCCGUGUCCUAGAUGCAGCCACCCUGAAUCAUGGUACAGGGAAGCGCAGACUCGUUCGGCAGACGAAGGCGCAACUAUUUCCUACACGUGUACCAAAUGUAAUUUCAAAUGGAAAAUCAAUAACUAGCAUUCGCGAACACAAUGAACGUUGUUCCAAGUCAUACAUAGACUCCAGCGCUGGAAAACAGUGCAAUGACACCAAAACCAGCCAAGAUGCUUGCCCAUAAUGCGACAGUAAUCUCUCGAAAAGUCAGCAGAUCCUUGGGUAUACUUAGCA